AAGACUCCGUCUCACGAGAUUUGCGCGGAUACAGACGAGAUGGAGAUGUCAACAGAUCGGAGGAAGUUAUCUCCGAAUGUGGACAUACAGACAGCGGCGGAAAUAGAAGAGUUCUUCUCCGCGGCUGAAAAGGAAGAGCAGAAGAAGUUCAUGAACAAGUACAAUUUCGAUGUAGUGAAGGACGUUCCACUUGGAGGAAGGUACGAAUGGGUUCGAAUAAAGCCUUAUUAAUGAGAGAGAAAGAGAGAGAGAGAGUCAUAGAUGUACAGCACCAGCUAGCAGCCAUAUGAUCCUUGUUUUAGUUUUUCAUCUUCCAUGUAUAUGUAAGAGAGAACUUAGAACUAUCUUUCUUCUACAUCUUCUUCUUCUUCUUCUUCCUCCCUUGGUACGGUAAAUGCACACUGGUACUAAGGUAAUCUAUCUAUCUAUCGUACAUCCAAUA